ACUCCGCUAUCCUGCCACAGUGUGCUUCCCCCGCUGUGCCGCGCCCGCUUGCGCUUGGCCUCGACCGGCCCUCCGCUUUUCCUUUGCGCUUUACGCAGCCUUCACACUUCAAGGGCACUGGUGCUGGUGGUGACUGGUGAGUGGCGUGCUGACCAGAGGCAAUGGGGGCGAGACCGUGAGGUGAGAUGGGAUCUUGAUUCUUGCCUGCCUUGUCGCCACCAGCCAGCCAGGCUCCACUGCGUGGGAUUGUUAACCUGUCUUUGUAUGCUCCGAAACUGGUUCAAGAAUUCAUCCAUUCUGCUGCGUUUAUCAGGAAAUCUGUGGAUGGGAGGUAAACUGCUUACAAAUUGGGAGAUUCUGCCUGCUCUUCGGGCUCCUCGCUCUUCGCUUUGCCCGGAAGCAUGAUAUACUCCAAGGCUACUUGAAUGCGUAUUCUGAAGCAUCAGAGCCAUCUUCUGUCCCCACGCAUGAUAUUAUACCGCAGGGUUGCUCAAUCCUGAGCACUGAAGAAGUUGAGAAAUAUCGUGCCAUCUGUGGUGGUUUACCUUACUCCUCUCUGACAAUGGCGACAUUAGUCCGUCAUGACUCGAAUAAUACACGGUACUCAUGGCUGUGGGUUAGCCAUAUCAGCCCUAAGAACUCCAAGUGGCUUCAGGAGAAUCUUACUGACAUGGAUAUGAUGGUCAAGGCGAUGAUAAAACUUAUCAAUGAAGAUGCUGACUCUUUUGCAAGGAGAGCAGAAAUGUACUAUAAAAAACGCCCUGAGCUCAUGAAACAUGUGGAAGAGUUUUACAGAGCAUACCGUGCCUUAGCAGAAAGGUACGAUCAAGCAACUGGUGCACUCCGGCAGGCCCAUCGGACAAUUUCAGAAGAGUUUCCAAAUCAGAUGCCAUCAAUGUCUGAGGACUCGCCCUCCUCAAGCCAAGAAGGGGAGCCACGUACACCAGAAAUGCUGACACCCUUGCGUGCACCUUUUGAACCUGAUGAUCUGCACAGGGAUGCACUUGGUGUUUCACCACCGCUAUUUACUGUCAAGAGGAAUGGUACACACCCUGAUGAAAUAGGUUCUUUAUCAAGUCGCAAAGGUCUCAAGCAGUUCACUGAUUUGUUUGAAAGCUGUGAUAGUGCCCAUCGUGUCAAUUUCGCUGAUGGGAAAGUAAGAAAAGGCCUCAGUUUUGAAAGCCCAGAUGCUAAAGGGAAACAAGAUGCAAGUGAUGAUAUCAUGAAUUUGCAAAAUGAAAUUUCCAAAUUAUUAGCAGAGAGCCAAAGUCUGAAGCAACAAGUUUCAUCUGAGUCUCAGCGGGCAGACAAUUCUGAGAAUGAAUGCCAAAGCCUUAAGGACAUCAUCUCAUGUUUGAUUUCUGAGAAAGACAAAGCCCUUGUGCAGUACAGCGAAUCCACCAAAAGAUUGUCUGCUUUAGAGACUGAGCUCUCUAAGGCACACAACGAACUCAAGAAACUCUCUGAUCAUAUGGACAGGGAAGUUCAGAAUCUAAACAGUGCCGAAUCAUGUAACAACACAAUGCAAUCCGAGCUUGAAACUCUGGGCCAGAAGAUCAUGAUGCAGCAGCAAGAACUUGCACAAAAUAGAAAAGAUCUGGUGGAUUCAAAGAGUAAAUUCGAGAGUGAGAUCCACUCCCUGAGGAGCACUGUCUCACAAAUAAAUACUGAGAAAGAUGUGGCUCUACUACAACAUCAGCAGUGUAUUGAGGAGGUUUCUGAUCUGGAAUCCAAGCUCUUGAAGUCACAAUCAGAGCAGGAGAAGAUUGAACUGAAGGUACAAUUGCUGGUGCAAGAACUUGAACAUAAGAGAGAAGAGGCUGGUGCCAUACAUACUCGGCUGCAGGAUGAACACUUCAAUUACAUGCAAAAGGAAGCAGCUCUUCUUGCAAUGGAAGACCUGCAUUCCCAGUCUCAGGAAGAGGUUAAAAGGCUGGCACAAGAUCUUGAAUACUCCAACAAGAAAUUGAGUGAUUUGGAAGCUCAACUUCUGUUUGCACAAUCAGAAACGGAGAAGAUUGCAAGUAAAGCCCAGAUACUGGAGCAAGAACUUGUAUGCAAGACCGAGGAAGUCAGUAUCCUUCAAAGUAGUUUGCACAAGGAAGGGAAGAAGUGCAUGCUUGCUGAAACAACUCUUCUCAGAGUGGAGAACCUACAUCUGCAGUCCCAGGAAGAAGCCAAGACACUAGCACAAAAUCUUGAAACCUUAAGCGAGAAGCUUAGUGAGGCUGAAAAUGAUAGGUUGAAUCUGCAGAACAUUUCACGAGAACUCAAGAACACCAUUUUGGAGAUGGAUUCUGAGAAAAAUGCAAUGCUACUUCAACAGCAGCAGUCCUUACAGAGACUUUCUUAUUUAGAAGCACAUCUUUUCGAUGUACAGUCAGAUCUGGAUAAAAAUAAGGAGAAAGUCCAUUUGCUGGAACAAGAACUGAAACACCACAAAGAAGUGGUGGAUGGCCUUCACAAUAAUUUGGAGGAGGAAGGCCAUAAACGGAUGCAUGCCGAAGCAGAACUUAGGGUGGUGGCAAACCUGCAUUCUGAAUCUCAGGAAGAAGUGGGUAAGCUUGUUAUGGAUCUUCAAAAGUUAAACGAUGAGUUAAGUGAAGUGCAGGACAGCAAUCUGAUUGUGGAGGACUUAUUGUGUGAACUUAUGAACACCAUCUCUGUUUUGAAUACCGAGAAAGAUGCAGCACUUCUUCAACUGCAGCUGUCCUUAGAAAGAGUAACCGAUCUGAAGUCAGAAGUCUCGGAGACACAGUUGGAGGCAGAGAAAACUGAGGAGAAGUUGCAGGUACUGGAGCAAGAAUUUGCUCAGAAGAAUGUCAUGGUGGAUUUUCUGCAGUCAAGUCUGCAAGAUGAGGGCAAGAAACGUGUGGAAGCUGAGACAUUGCUCAUGUCAAAAGAGAAUCAAUACUUCCAAUCACAGGACGAAGUAAAUAGAUUGGCCCUGGAGAAUGAGGCACUGAACAGAAAGUUGAAUGAGAUGGAGAACCUGUCUUUCGAGCUUAAGAACACCAUCUUGCUGCUGAAUUCCGAGAAAGACGCAACUCUUCUUCAGCACAAGCAGUCCUUGGUAAAAAUAUCUGAUCUGGAAUCUAAGUUUUCAGUGGUGCAGGUUGAACUGCAGAAUGCUGAACAAAAAGUGCAAAUGCUUGAUAAAGAACUUGAGCAGAAGAAAGAAGAGUUUGAUAGCUUGCAGACUAGUCUGAAAGAUGAAGCCCAAAAGAAUGCUGAGGGUGAAACAGCUCUUCUCACGAUAACUAAUCUAUAUUCUAGUUCUCAAGAAGAAGUGAACAGGUUAGCACUUGAGAUUAACAAGCUGAACAGAAAGUUGAAUGAAGUGGAAAACGUGUCUUCCGAGCUCAAGAACACCAUCUUGCUGCUGAAUACCGAAAAGGACACAGCUCUUCUUCAGCACAAGCAGUCCUUGGUGAGAGUAUCUGAUCUGGAAUCUCAACUCUCUGAAAUGCAGGCUGAACUAGAGAAUUCUGAACAAAAAGUGCAAAUGCUUGAUGACGAACUCGAGCAGAAGAAAGAAGAGGUCGAUAGCUUGCAGACUAGUCUGAAAGAUGAAGCCCGAAAGCAUGCUGAGGGUGAAGCAGCUCUUCUCACAAUAACUAAUUUAUAUUCUAAUUCUCAGGAAGAAGUGAACAGGUUAGCCAUUGAGAUUAACAAGCUGAACAGAAAGUUGAAUGAAGUGGAAAACGUGUCUUUGGAGCUCAAGAACACCAUCUUGCUGCUGAAUACCGAGAAGGACACAACUCUUCUUCAGCACAACCAGUCCUUGGUGAGAGUAUCUGAUCUGGAAUCUAAACUCUCUCAAGUGCAGGCUGAACUAGAGAAUGCUGAACAAAAAGGGCAAAUGCUCUUCUUCAGCACAAGCAGUCCUUGGUGAGAGUAUCUGAUCUGGAAUCUAAACUCUCUCAAGUGCAGACUGAACUAGAGAAUACUGAACAAAAAGGGCAAAUGCUUGAUAAAGAACUCAAGCAGAAGAGAGAAGAGGUGGAUACCUUGCAGACUAGUCUGAAAAAUGAAGCCCGAAAGAAUGCCGAGGGUGAAGCAGCUCUUCUCACAAUAACUAAUCUAUAUUCUAAUUCUCAGGAAGAAGUGAACAGGUUAGCCCUUGAGAUUAACAAGCUGAACAGAAAGUUGAAUGAAGUGGAAAACAUGUCUUCGGAGCUUAAGAACACCAUUUUGCUGCUGAAUACCGAAAAGGAAGCAGCUCUUCUUCAGCACAAGCAGUCCUUGGCGAGAGUAUCUGAUGUAGAAUCUGAACUCUCUGAAGUGCAGGCUGAACUAGAGAAUUCUGAACAAAAAGGGCAAAUGCUUGAUAAAGAACUCAAACAGAAGAGAGAAGAGGUGGAUACCUUGCAGACUAAGCUGAAAGAUGAAGCACAUAAGCACAUUGAAGCUGAAGCAUCUCUUCUUAUGAUGACAAAUAUGCAUUCUCAGUCUCAGGAAGAAGUCAGUGGGUUGGUUUUGAAGAUCGAGAGGCUGAAUGAUAAAUUGAAUGAGAUGGAGAGCAGUAAGUUGGACCUUGAGAGCAUGAUAUCCAAGCAUGCAGAGGACAACCGUAUCCUUGGUGAACAAAAUCUUUCUUCUGAAUUAACUAUCAGUGGCCUUCACGAUGAACUGGACAUGUUGAAGGAAAUGAAAGUGAAUCUAGAGAAUGAAGUGGGGCUCCACAUUGGUGACAGGGAGGUACUUCAAAGUCAACUGACCCAUCAGAAGAAAGAGACAGAAAUUCUGGAGAAGCAGUACUGUUCACUGGAACAUGAGAUGGAGGCAGUAAACAGAAGUGCAGCCGCACUCCAGCAGUUACUCGAGGAAAAAACAUGUGAGGCGGAGAAGCUGUCAGACGAGUGUUUGAUGUUGAAGAAAUCAUUUUCAAAUGCAAUUGUUGAAACUGAAGCCCUGAAGGAGAUCAUAAAAGAACUGGAAGCUUCACAAAGCUCUCUGAAAUAUGAUGUUUGCUUGCAUAGUUCUGAGAAGGAUGCUCUGGCACGGGAACUACAUAUCCUCAAUAAAAAAUAUGCUGAUAUUUCGGAGCAAAAGUCCAUGUUGGAGAUUUCAUUCUCUAAUGUGAAUUCUGAGAUAGGAGAACUGAGAAUGAAGUUAAAAGAUUCAGAAGAACUGUCCCGGUCUUAUCUUGCCAAUAACUCUGCUCUUCUUGCUGAAAAGGACAAUAUUCUGGUCCAGCUGGAGAGCGCUACACUGGCUAUGAAAUCUCUGGAGGAUGAGCAUGCUGAUCUGGGAGGCAAGAACUCAUCCUUGUUAGCAGAGAAAGACCUCUUAUAUAGUCAACUUGAGAAUCUACAAGAUCAGGUGGAAAUUAGAAAUGAACAGCAUGAAGCUUUGCUCAGGUUGCACCAAAUACAGAUAAAUGACUUUGAAGCGACAGUUUCUUCCCUGCAAGAGAAAAUCUGUCAUAUGGGCGAGGUGCUUGAUCAAGAGCUACAAGAAUGUACAGAUGCUUCUAUCAGUGCAUUGAUCUUGAAUAGUAGUUUGGCUGAUGUUAAAGACAAAAACUUUGCUCUUUUUGAUGAAUGCCAGAAGUUCAUAAAGGCUGCUCAUUCUGCAGAGGUAGUAAUAUCACGGCUCAAGGAGGAAGCCAAAAAUGAAGAAGAGGAGAGGAAAGUAUUGCUGAAACACAAUAAGGAACUAAGGGAGGGAAUCUCACAGCAAAUAAAGAUCCUCAAUGUCUGCAAGGACUUAGGACGUCCUGGUGUGAUUCAUGAUGAAAUUAUGCUGCAGACUUUGUCUCGUGAAACUUGCAACCAUGUAAAGCAUAAAGAGGAGAGUGAACAUAGAAAUGUCUUCAUGGAGGCUGAGCUAUCUGUUCUUGGAACAAUUCUUACAGAAAUAGUCAUUGACUUCAGAGAUCUGCACUUGCAGAAGUGUGAACUUGAGAAAGAAGUGGAGGCAGGUGCAGCAGAAUUGCUUUUUACGCGGAAUGAAAAUCACAAGCUUAUUGAGCUGAAUGAACAGAUGGGGCAAAGGUUGCAGCAAGGUAGUGAAAAGGAGGAGACGUUGAUCAUUGAACUCACCAAUGGCAUGACACGGUUAAUGCAGAAGGAUGAUGAGCUACACAAGGCAGAUGAGAAGAACCAAUUCUUGCAGGAGACAAACCAGGAAUUGUGGAGAGUUCUCAGGGAUCUUGAGGCUUCUGCUGAAGAUGCAAAAGGUGAACUUGAGGAGAAAAUCGCAGCGCUAACUGAACAAGGUGCUGUUAGGGAUAAUGAUUAUCUUCUUCUUUGCGAAGCUAACGUGGCGUUGCAAGGAGAUGUUGACACUCGUAGGCAGAAGGAAGAGAGUUUGGUGUCUACACUUGAGAUGGUGACAAAAGAGAAUGAGCAACAUGAAAGGGAAAUUGUUUCACUCCUGAGUGAUAUGAUAACUUGUUCGGUGAAUGUCAUGAUCUAUGAGGAACAUCUACUUGAGCUGAUGAUGGAAUGCGAGGCUCUUGAGAUCAGAAUGAUCACUGAAAAGGGAAUGCUAAUGAAAGAAAUCUCCUCAAGGGAUGCUUAUGUUGAUGAGCUGCACAGAAGGAUUGCCGCCAUGGGAGCAGAAACUGCAGAACUGAAGGCAGAGAUGGGCAGAUAUCUGCCACUUUUAGCAUCUCUGUCGGAUCAGAUAAGCAUGCUGGAAGAAGGCACCCAUUUACUUUCAGAUAAAGAAGGCAAUUUGGAGCUUGUACAAGAUGACAGACGUGGUUCAGAGUUCCUAGACAUGCCAUCAGGAGUUUUAAAGUUGGACAGCUUAAUUGCAAGAGUUGAAGCACUCCGGGUUGUGAUAUUAGAUGUCAAGGACAGCCAAAAUAAGGAGUUUACUGAAUUCGCUGCUAAAUUGGAGUCGGCGAAUAUAGAAAUUCAAGAUCUUAAAUCAAGAAAAGGUUCAUGCAUUAGGCACAAGGAACAAUACAUGGAGGAUGAUAGGCAGAAAUAUGACGCCGAUAACUCCAAAGGGAAGCAAGCACAGAUCAUGAAAGAUAUCGAACUUGACCAGGUAUCUACUUGCCCGCCAUAUGGCUCUGGAGCCGCUGUCUACCCUCUUGGUGGCGAUGCAAAUGCAGAGCUUGAUGAUGAGAUGCUCCAGCUGUGGGAGACUGCUGAGAAGGAUUGCAAGAAUGGAACAGCCAAAUCCUCAUCAUCUGAACAUGACAUACAAGAGGUGGAGGAGGUGAAGAGUCAGUACACUUCCUUUGAGAUAGCAAGAGGAAGAGACCUAGGGAUCAACAGGCUUGAGAUAUCGACAGCGACCCUGGAACCUCAGCAAUUAUGGACCAAAAAUGUCCUUGAGAAGCUCGCCACCGAUGCUCAGGGGCUGCUAAUCAUCCAGGCAAGCAUCGAGGAAGUGAAGCAGAAAAUCGAGGGAACUUCCAAGGGCAAAUCUCCCAUGAGCUCGGAGUACAGCAGCAUUAGGGCUCAGCUGCAGGAGAUCGAGGGCUCUGUCUUGGAACAGAUAGGUUUCAACAGCAGUUUGACGAAGAAGGCCGAGAAUUAUCCUGCAUUCGAGGUGAACGCCGACCUAGAGGGCUAUUCCAGCAGAAGGAAGAUCUCCGAGCAGGUGCAGAAAGGGUCGGAGAAGGUCGCGAGGCUGGACCUCGAGCUCCAGAAAAUACAGUACGUGCUGCUGAAGCUCGAGGAGGAGCACGAGUUCAAGAGGGUCAAGGUCUCCGAGAAGCGUUCGCGGCUGCUCUUGAGGGACUACGUGUACGCAAAGAAGGACAAGAACGACGCCGGCCAGAAGAAGAAGAGUAGGGUGCCCUUCUGCGGCUGCGUGCGCCCCAAAACAAUGACCGAGCCUUAACCGUUUCGUUCUGUAGGCGGCCCAACAGGCUCGUGCUCCUUCUGAUUUGGAGCUGCAGCAAGUGAUGUCUUUAGUAUCUCUUCUGUAUGGGUUGCAUGAUAAUGUUAACAAGGAGCUCAUGCAUUCAGAGUUUUGUCCUUGUUCAGAAAUGUCCUCUAGUUUAACUAGUUAAUCCUACUGAUACCGUUAUGAAUCGAAGCAUUUUGUAAUUCCGUUGCCCUUCGCUGGUUCUAUAUGUCUGCAAUGACGAUAUAUGAGAAUGCUUCUUUCAGGGAUAUAAUUUUCACUCCCCUUUUACAACA